GCAUAUGGCAUGUCAGUGCUGCCGUUGAACCUGAUUAAAGGGACACGUAGUGUGGUGUACGAGCGCCUGGAGAACACUGAAGAUAUUGAGGAGGUUGAACACCAGAUGGAAAAGAUCAAAGCCAAGGUGGGUCUCAGUUAUCACCCUAAAGCUGAAAAAAAGACUUGUUGUUUUUAUUAUAUUUUUUAUAACAUUGGGAUGGAAUUGGUUAUGACCUCUGGCUGUAAGGAAUGUUGAUGACUUAAAGCCGGUCUGCCAUUGGUCCCUGGUGUAGGUGAUGCCAUAGAGCUGAUAUGAGCUGGUGGCUUGCAGCCAGACCUGUGUUCAAAUACUAUUGGAAAUCAUUUCAAAUGCUCUAUUUAAACUUGAUUGAGCUUUACUGAGCUUGCAUAAGUUGCAUACCCUGUAAAGAAUAAAAUAUGACAAAAGGUGUUAAAAAACAGAAAGGGGCGUCUCCUCACUCCCCUGUCAAACCUCUUCCCUCCAGAGCCAGAGUCAGGAUGUUGAAACAGCAGAACACCUGCAGUCCUCUCAUACCUUCAGACUGUUGAAACAGCAGAACACCUGCAGUCCUCUCAUACCUUCAGACUGUUGAAACUGUAGAACACCUGCAGUCCUCUCAUACCUUCAGGCUGUUGAAACAGCAGAACACCUGCAGUCCUCUCAUACCUUCAGACUGUUGAAACUGUAGAACACCUGCAGUCCUCUCAUACCUUCAGACUGUUGAAACAGCAGAACACCUGCAGUCCUCUCAUACCUUCAGACUGUUGAAACAGCAGAACACCUGCAGUCCUCUCAUACCUUCAGACUGUUGAAACAGCAGAACACCUGCAGUCCUCUCAUACCUUCAGACUGUUGAAACUGUAGAACACCUGCAGUCCUCUCAUACCUUCAGACUGUUGAAACAGCAGAACACCUGCAGUCCUCUCAUACCUUCAGGCUGUUGAAACAGCAGAACACCUGCAGUCCUCUCAUACCUUCAGGCUGUUGAAACAGCAGAACACCUGCAGUCCUCUCAUACCUUCAGACUGUUGAAACAGCAGAACACCUGCAGUCCUCUCAUACCUUCAGGCUGUUGAAACAGCAGAACACCUGCAGUCCUCUCAUACAUUCAGACUGUUGAAACAGCAGAACACCUGCAGUCCUCUCAUAUCUUCAGGCUGUUGAAACAGCAGAACACCUGCAGUCCUCUCAUAUCUUCAGACUGAUUAAACAGCAGAACACCUGCAGUCCUCUCAUACCUUCAGGCUGUUGAAACAGCAGAACACCUGCAGUCCUCUCAUACCUUCAGACUGUUGAAACAGCAGAACACCUGCAGUCCUCUCAUAUCUUCAGACUGAUUAAACAGCAGAACACCUGCAGUCCUCUCAUACCUUCAGACUGUUGAAACAGCAGAACACCUGCAGUCCUCUCAUACCUUCAGACUGUUGAAACAGCAGAACACCUGCAGUCCUCUCAUACCUUCAGACUGUUGAAACAGCAGAACACCUGCAGUCCUCUCAUACCUUCAGACUGUUGAAACAGCAGAACACCUGCAGUCCUCUCAUACCUUCAGACUGUUGAAACAGCAGAACACCUGCUGUCCUCUCAUACCUUCAGACUGUUGAAACAGCUGAACACCUGCAGUCCUCUCAUAUCUUCAGACUGAUUAAACAGCAGAACACCUGCAGUCCUCUCAUACCUUCAGGCUGUUGAAACAGCAGAACACCUGCAGUCCUCUCAUACCUUCAGACUGUUGAAACAGCAGAAACACCUGCAGUCCUCUCAUAUCUUCAGACUGAUUAAACAGCAGAACACCUGCAGUCCUCUCAUACCUUCAGACUGUUGAAACAGCAGAACACCUGCAGUCCUCUCAUACCUUCAGACUGUUGAAACAGCAAGAACACCUGCAGUCCUCUCAUACCUUCAGACUGUUGAAACAGCAGAACACCUGCAGUCCUCUCAUACCUUCAGACUGUUGAAACAGCAGAACACCUGCAGUCCUCUCAUACCUUCAGACUGUUGAAACAGCAGAACACCUGCAGUCCUCUCAUACCUUCAGACUGUUGAAACAGCAGAACACCUGCAGUCCUCUCAUACCUUCAGACUGUUGAAACAGCAGAACACCUGCAGUCCUCUCAUACCUUCAGACUGUUGAAACAGCAGAACACCUGCAGUCCUCUCAUACCUUCAGACUGUUGAAACAGCAGAACACCUGCAGUCCUCUCAUACCUUCAGACUGUUGAAACAGCAGAACACCUGCAGUCCUCUCAUACCUUCAGACUGUUGAAACAGCAGAACACCUGCAGUCCUCUCAUACCUUCAGACUGUUGAAACAGCAGAACACCUGCAGUCCUCUCAUACCUUCAGACUGUUGAAACAGCAGAACACCUGCAGUCCUCUCAUACCUUCAGACUGUUGAAACAGCAGAACACCUGCAGUCCUCUCAUACCUUCAGACUGUUGAAACAGCAGAACACCUGCAGUCCUCUCAUACCUUCAGACUGUUGAAACAUGUAGAACACCUGCAGUCCUCUCAUACCUUCAGGCUGUUGAAACAGCAGAACACCUGCAGUCCUCUCAUACCUUCAGACUGUUGAAACAGCAGAACACCUGCAGUCCUCUCAUACCUUCAGACUGUUGAAACAGCAGAACACCUGCAGUCCUCUCAUACCUUCAGACUGUUGAAACAGCAGAACACCUGCAGUCCUCUCAUACCUUCAGACUGUUGAAACAGCAGAACACCUGCAGUCCUCUCAUACCUUCAGACUGUUGAAACAGCAGAACACCUGCAGUCCUCUCAUACCUUCAGGCUGUUGAAACUGUAGAACACCUGCAGUCCUCUCAUACCUUCAGGCUGUUGAAACUGUAACACACCUGCAGUCCUCUCAUACCUUCAGACUGUUGAAACAGCAGAACACCUGCAGUCCUCUCAUACCUUCAGACUGUUGAAACAGCAGAACACCUGCAGUCCUCUCAUACCUUCAGACUGUUGAAACAGCAGAACACCUGCAGUCCUCUCAUACCUUCAGGCUGUUGAAACUGUAGAACACCUGCAGUCCUCUCAUACCUUCAGGCUGUUGAAACUGUAACACACCUGCAGUCCUCUCAUACCUUCAGACUGUUGAAACAGCAGAACACCUGCAGUCCUCUCAUAUCUUCAGACUGUUGAAACUGUAGAACACCUGCAGUCCUCUCAUACCUUCAGACUGUUGAAACAGCAGAACACCUGCAGUCCUCUCAUACCUUCAGACUGUUGAAACAGCAGAACACCUGCAGUCCUCUCAUACCUUCAGACUGUUGAAACUGUAGAACACCUGCAGUCCUCUCAUACCUUCAGACUGUUGAAACAGCAGAACACCUGCAGUCCUCUCAUACCUUCAGACUGUUGAAACAGCAGAACACCUGCAGUCCUCUCAUACCUUCAGACUGUUGAAACAGCAGAACACCUGCAGUCCUCUCAUACCUUCAGACUGUUGAAACAGCAGAACACCUGCAGUCCUCUCAUAUCUUCAGACUGUUGAAACAGCAGAACACCUGCAGUCCUCUCAUACCUUCAGACUGUUGAAACAGCAGAACACCUGCAGUCCUCUCAUACCUUCAGACUGUUGAAACAGCAGAACACCUGCAGUCCUCUCAUACCUUCAGACUGUUGAAACAGCAGAACACCUGCAGUCCUCUCAUACCUUCAGACUGUUGAAACAGCAGAACACCUGCAGUCCUCUCAUACCUUCAGGCUGUUGAAACAGCAGAACACCUGCAGUCCUCUCAUACCUUCAGACUGUUGAAACAGCAGAACACCUGCAGUCCUCUCAUACCUUACAAUUACAUUUACAUUUUAGUCAUUUAGCAGACGCUCUUAUCCAGAGCGACUUACAGUUAGUGCAUACAUUUCUUCUUCUUUUCAUUGAAACUGUUGAACACCUGCAGUCCUCUCAUACCUCCUCUUUGUUUGUUUGUGUUUGUCUCCAGUGUGUGGACGGGCGUCCUCUGUCGUCGCGGGACCGUCGUAACCUCCAGGAGUUUGAGGACAAGCUACAGGUGACUCGUUGUUCAGAUUCAGAGUGUUUAUUAGUCACAUUUACAGUGCCUUGCGAAAGUAUUCAUCCCCCUUGGCAUUUUUCCUAUUUUGUUGCCUUACAACCUGGAAUUAAAAUGGAUUUUUGGGGGGUUUGUAUCAUUUGAUUUACACAACAUGCCUACCACUGAAGAUGCAAAAUUCUGUUUCUUUUGAAACAAACAAGUAAUUUGAAUGUGCAUAACUAUUCAACCCCACCCCCCCGUGUUUGCUUAUUUUUUUCUUUAAGCAAUGGCUUUUUUCUGGCCACUCUUCCGUAAAGCCCAGCUCUGUGGAGUGUAUGGCUUAAAGUGGUCCUAUGGACAGAUACUCCAAUCUACGCUGUGGAGCUUUGCAGCUCCUUCAGGGCUAUCUUUGGUCUCUUUGUUGCCUCUCUGAUUAAUGCCCUCCUUGCAUUUUACAUUUACAUUUUAGUCAUUUAGCAGACGCUCUUAUCCAGAGCGACUUACAGUUAGUGAGUGCAUACAUUAUUUUUUAAAAUAUUUUUUCAUACUGGCCCCCCGUGGGAAUCGAACCCACAACCCUGGCGUUGCAAACGCCAUGCUCUACCAACUGAGCUACAUCCCUGCCGGCCAUUCCCUCCCCUACCCUGGACGACGCUGUGCCAAUUGUGCGCCACCCCAUGGGUCUCCCGGUCACGGCCUGGGCUGUGAGUUUUGGUGGGCGGCCCUCUCUUGGCAGGUUUGUUGUGGUGCCAUAUUCUUUCCAUUUUUUAUAAUGGAUUUAAUGGUGCUCUGUGGGAUGUUCAAGUUCUGAUAUUUUUUUAUAACCCAGCCCUGAUCUGUACUUCUCCACAACUUUGUCCCUGACCUGUUUGGAGAGCUCAUUGGUCUGCAUGGUGCCACUUGCUUGGUGUUGCCCCUUGCUUAGUGGUGUUGCAGACUCUGGGGCCUUUCAGAACAGGUGUAUAUAUACUGAGAUCAUGUGACAGAUCAUGUGACACUUAGAUUGCACACAGGUGGACUUUAUUUAAUUAAUUAUGUGACUUCUGAAGGUAAUUGGUUGCACCAGAUCUUAUUUAGGGGCUUCAUAGCAAAGGGGGUGAAUACAUACAGUUGAAGUCGGAAGUUUACAAACACUUAGGUUGGAGUCAUUAAAUCUUGUUUUUCAACCACUCCACAAAUUUCUUUUUAACAAACUAUAGUGUUGGCAAGUCGGUUAGGACAUCUACUCUGUGCAUGACACAAGUAAUUUUUCCAACAAUUGUUUACAGACAGAUUAUUUCACUUAUAAUUCACUGCAUCACAAUUCCAGUGGGUCAGAAGUUUACAUACACUAAGUUGACUGUGCCUUUUAAACAGCCUGACCGUUGAGGGGGUGAAAUAAAAACAAAAAAAUGUCAAAUAAAAUCUAUAAUAUACAUAUUAACAACUGCAACAGUGAUGAAUGUCAUUGGGGUGGGGGCAGAGUAAAAGUCUGUUGGGGGUGGUGGUGGGGGGGGAAUGUCCCUAGGGGGAUAGCAGGGAAUUGGCCGUUGAGGGGGUGUGGGGGGGGGGAAUGUCCCUAGGGGGGAUAGCAGGGAAGUGACCGUUGAGGGGGUGUGGGGGGGAAUGUCCCUAGGGGGGAUAGCAGGGAAGUGACCGUUGAGGGGGUGUGGGGGGGAAUGUCCCUAGGGGGGAUAGCAGGGAAGUGACCGUUGAGGGGGUGUGGGGGGGGAAUGUCCCUAGGGGGAUAGCAGGGAAGUGACCGUUGAGGGGGGUGUGGGGGGGGGGAAUGUCCCUAGGGGGGAUAGCAGGGAAGUGACCGUUGAGGGGGUGUGGGGGGAAUGUCCCUAGGGGGGAUAGCAGGUAAGUGACCGUUGAGGGGGUGUGGGUGGAAUGUCCCUAGGGGGAUAGCAGGGAAGUGACCGUUGAGGGGGUGUGAGGAGAAAAGGGCAGUGUGCAGUACAAUGGCGAUUGCAUCGUCCGUGAAUCUGUCAGGGCGGAAGGCGAAUUGGAGAGGGUCGAGUGUGUCGGGGAGGGAAGAGGUGAUAUGCUCCUUGACUUUAUGAUGACGGAAGUGAGUGCUACUGGUCGGUAGUCAUUCAGUUGAGUUACCUUUCCUUUCUUGGGCACCAGGAUGAUAGUGGACAUCUUGAAGCAGGUGAGUAUAGCGGCCUGAGCUAGGGAGAGAUUGAAAAUGUCAGAGAACACAACAGCCAGCUGGUCUGCACAUGCUCUGAGGGCACGGCUAGGGAUGCCAUCAAAUGACUUACAUACGUCCUGUGUAGCCCACGUUGUCAUCGGGGGCUCUCCUCGGCAGCUCAGGGUCAUUGUUCUCAAAUCGUGAGAAAACUGUGUUUAGCUCCUCCGGUAGGGUGGCGUUGGUGACCGCGAUGUGGCUGGCUUUCUUUUUGUAUACCGUGAUGGUUAGGAGCCCGUCACAUAUGCCUUGUGUCCGACCCGCUGAAUUGUUCCUCUACUUUGUCUCUAUACUUGGGUUUCGCCUUCUUGAUCCAAAUGCGUAGGUCGUAUUUGUACUGUUUAACCAAACUAUUGUCCCCGGUCACCUUGCCCUGUUUAGAAGCAGCACGGUCACCUUGCCCUGUUUAGAAGCAGCACGGUCACCUUGCCCUGUUUAGAAGCAGCACGGUCACCUUGCCCUGUUUAGAAGCAGCACGGUCACCUUGCCCUGUUUAGAAGCAGCACGGUCACCUUGACCUGUUUAGAAGCAGCACGGUCACCUUGCCCUGUUUAGAAGCAGCACGGUCACCUUGCCCUGUUUAGAAGCAGCACGGUCACCUUGCCCUGUUUAGAAGCAGCAUCUCUCUCAGUUUUCAUUUGUUUAUAUGACAAUAAAAAAUUAUAAACAUAAAUCCAAGACAAGCUGCGUAGGUGAUAACAUUGAGGAUGGAAUAAAGAGGCUUACUAACCACCUCUUUAUGGAACAACAGAACCUUCAGUCUUGUUUUCAUCGUGGUCCUUUAGGUGCUCCAGAGGCGGGGCAGACAUCUGGAGAUAGCAGAGAGUCACUGCUGCACCAAGGUUGGAUCUGCUCUCAGACCACUCAA